GUUUCAAAGUCAGCUUUGACCGUCUCUCCUCCACCACAUGAUGCCUUUAAGCACAACCAAAGACGUCAGCUCUCCAGAUGUCAGCAACCUGAGGAUUGUUCUGCUGGGGAAGACUGGAUCAGGAAAGAGCUCCACAGGAAACACCAUCCUGGGACUACAGAAGUUUGAGACAAAGCCCCUCUCUCUGUCAUCUGUGACAGCUCAGUGCAAAAAAGAAACAGGGCAUUUUGAUGAAAGAACCGUGAGUGUUAUUGACACCCCUGGGGUCUUUGACACAUCGAUGACAGAGCUCGAGUUGAAAAGUGAAAUAGAGAAUGGUAUCGCACUGUCUCUCCCAGGACCUCAUAUAUUUCUGCUAGUGAUGAGAUUGGAUGCACGGUUCACAAAGGAAGAGAAGAGUGCUGUGAAUUGGAUCAAGGAGCACUUUGGUGAGGAAGCCAACAAGUAUACGAUGGUGCUUUUCACUAGGGGUGAUCAACUCAAAGGAGGGUCAGUUGAGAGCGUUUUAGCCGAAUGUCCUGAACUCAGGGAGCUCAUCAGUGACUACAAAGCUGGCUACAUGGUGUUCGACAACACAUGCAUGCAAAACCGCACACAGGUGGCUGAUCUCUUUGAAAAAAUAGACAAGACAGUGCAAUUGAAUGGAAGUCAUUACACCAGCAGCAUCUACGAGGAGGUGCAGAGGAAGAGGAGAAACGCGGAGUGGUGGAAGAAGUGCGGAGAAAGAGUGAACACUCUCAGCGGUCACCUGCUGACGGCAGCAGUUGCUGGGGCUGUAGCAGCAGGGGGACUUGCCAUCCCAACAUGGUCACUAUUAGCGAUCGCAGGUUCAGGAGCUGUUCAUUUCACGUGGGGGUGGCUCAAACCUAAACCUAAACCUUAACCUAAAUAACUCUUGUAACUUUUCUGUUUGAUUUGUAAAAAUCUAAUAAAGGUUAAAAACGUG